GCAAUAACUAAAUGAUAUGUCCUAGUUAGCGCGUUUAGGUCACUCUAGAGAUAUCUAUAUAUGUGAAAGGUAUAUUUUAUAUGUGUAUAUCGUGUAUAUGUAUCACGCAGAACUAUAUUCCCCGUGAAUGCGAAUGUAUCACACAGAAUUAUAACGAAACUAUCUUUCCCGUGAAUGGGAAGUGGUAUCAGACCACCCAGAAAGAGUAAGCGUUAUCUGUCUGGCGAAUAUAAGAGUAACAGCUAUCAUGCCCACCUUCCGGUUAUUACGUCAUCAUGGACACCUGUCAAAGUUAGUGCGGUACAGAUAUAAUUCUACAUCCGCUGCUACACAGCUGUCUGAUAUCAACACCACCAACCCUAAACCAUUUAAAGAUAUACCAGCACCCACAGGAAUAUACAGCAUACCAAAAAUUGGUCCCUUGUUUUUAUUUAAACCAUUUUCUAAAUAUAAUGUAUUUAAUAUUCAUGAGUUACUGGACCGUUUAUGUGAUAAAUACGGAUCUAUAAUGAGACUUGGAGAUGCCUUGGUAUUCACCAGUAAUCCUAAAGAUAUAGAAUUCGUCUAUAAAAAUGAGGGGAAAUACCCUGUGAGACCAGGAUUAGAUAUUUUGGAAGUCUAUCUGGAAAGAACAAAAAAGGAAAAGGGCCUUGGAGUGCUGAAUGGUGAAAAAUGGGCGAAACUGCGUCACAGUAUUCAAAAAGUAACAGUACGGCCAAAAUCCGCUCUUCAUUACAUUGAGAGUCAAUCAGGUGUCGCACAGGAUUUGAUUCAUCAAUUGCGAUCCAUAAAACCUGAAGAUCUGCGAGAAAUGUUGUUUAUAUACGCCACUGAAAGUAUAGCUGUGGUGUGUUUUAACAAGAGACUUGGUAUUUUAGGAGAACACGUGACCGAGGAAGUUAAAGAAUACCUUGAGAAUAGCAAAUUAUUCUUAAAACUUUCUAAUCAUGGACUUAUUGGAUUUCCAUUUUACAAGUAUUUUGAGACACCAACAUACAAGAAAUUCAGGGAUGCAACAGAUAAAGCUUAUGGAUUCGGUAAAGUUCAGAUCGAAGAAUCACUUGAAAAAGCACUUCAAAUGAAGAAAGAUGGUACUUGGAAUCCAGACGACUCAAAUUUAUUGAUGACGAUGUUAGCAGACGACAGACUUUCUGUUAACCAAAUUAGUAGUAUGGUUCUUGAUUUGCUGGUUGCUGGCACAGAUUCGACGGCCAAGACCCUUGAACUAUUUUUGGAUUGUUUGUCACGUCAUCCAGACGUUCAGGAAACUCUGUUCCAGGAGAUAUUAGAACAUAUGGGUCGUCAUGGUGAUUUGACAGCAGAUAAUUUACCCAAAAUGAAAUAUCUUGCAGCUUGUUUAAAGGAAUCGUUUAGGAUAAAUUAUCCAGUUGCGGUAGGGAAUUCAAGAAUCCUUCCUAAUGAUAUAGUGUUAAGUGGUUAUACUGUACCUAAAGGGACCAUGAUAGGUUUACAUAACCGACGAUUGGUGAAGGACCCGGCAUAUAUAAAAGAUCCAACAGUUUACAGACCAGAAAGAUGGUUACGAGAUGAGAACGGAGUUAGAAGAGAACAGAUACCUGGUAUUGGUUUAAUACCAUUUGGUAUAGGAGUUAGAAACUGUGUUGGUAGACGAUUCGCUGAACAAGAAAUUUACCUAGCAGUUGCUAAAAUUAUCCAGAAUUUCAAGCUUAGUAAUAAAGACACCACGGCUGCAGCUGAACGUAAGGUGACUUACACGCCCUUUUGUACCCUAAUUGACCAGCCAAUGAUCAAUUUUCAAGAGAGAACUUAGCUAACGAAAAGAAAGAAAAAAAAUAGCUCGUUGUUUGUUAUUCGUGAAUACAUAACAGCAAACUGACUCGUUGUUCGUUAUUCACCAAUAUGAAACAGCUUGUUCGGGUACUGCUUGUUAGAAUCAAUUUCCCAGGACUUUGAAGUGUUAAAAAAACAACUAAGCUCACAAAACCUCACUCCAGGCGUAUUCCGUAUAAUAAAACUGCCUUUAUUAUUUUAUUACUUCCAUAUCUGGCGCAUAACGAACAACGAACUAGCUCGUUGUUCGUUAUUCACGAAAACAGAACAAAAAACGGGCUCGUUGUUCGUUAUUGGCCAAAAUGAAACAGCUCGUUAUUCAUGUAGAAGGACAUCUUGCUAGAAUCUAUUUACCAAGCCUUCGAAGUGUUAAAAAACUAUUAGUCUCAUAAAAACCCACCCCAGCGUAUUCCCUAUACAAGUGCUUUUAUUAUAUUAUUAAUGCCAUAUCUGGUGAAUAACAAACAACAAAUUACCGAAUAACGAACAACGAUCUACCUUAACGCGCCGUUCCUGUGGGGUUGAUGGUAUUAUAUAUAAUAGUCCUGUAGUGUUGAUGGUAUUAUAUCUGUAUAUCUGUAGAAUUGAUGGUAAAAAAAAUAGGAGAGUGGUCAGUACACAGUCGCCACGCUUUAUACAACCACGACUUGCUACCCUGAUGAGGUUGUGGCUAACCGCGCGAUCUGGCUUAGUUUUGAAUUCGUGACGAGGUCGAGGCGUAUGUGAGACGUGGGUAUAAUGGAACAAGAGCUGCUGAUCUUAGAAGGUGACUUAAAGAUGAACGCACUAUAUGUGACAGGAAGAUUGUACGAAUUGUGACGUCAUGUAAAAUACAAACUCCAUCAACCGAUGCGCAAUUGUCUACAAAACAACCAUUCUAAGUUUGUACUUUUAUUGUGCAUUAUGAAGGUAAUAUAAGGGAUGGACUAAUUUUUCUUUUUUGCCUUGAAAUUUUAUUGUUCCAUUUUGUUUCCUGGUAACGUAAUCCACGAUAUUUAUUAAAUUAAUUAUCACGUGCAAGAUGGCAGCCAUGCGAAUAAAUCAAUAAAUUUAAACUUAUACAUAACUUUGAUCAACUUUAUUGUCACAUAUGUAUAAAAUUUGAUCACCAUAAUGCAAGAUGGCAGCUAUGUGAAUAAAUCAAUGAAUUUAAACAUGUACAUAACUUAAAUAUAUUUUAUUGUUCCAUUCUGUUUCCUGGUAACUUAAUUAACCAUGCUUAUAAAAUUUGAUUAUCAUAUGCAGGUUGUAAGCCAAGCGAACAAAUGAAAAUAAAUAAAA